AUGAAACUGGGAUUAACUGGAUCUCAAAUUCACCUCACCAUGAAUCUCGCUGGAGGGGAAAAACUUUCAGAAGAUUCUGAAAUUCUAGAAAUCGCCGUAGUCUCAUGUACCGAGGAAGAUAUCGAGAAAACUGUCCAAGUGUAUACGGUUAAAAAACCAUGUAACAGCGCUAAGACAGUGUCGAAAAACAGCCUAGAAAGUUACCCCCACCUGAAGUCCAUCUCCGAAAAGCUACAUCUUUCCGGUGGUGCUGUAGCUAUAGAUCUCCUCAUCGGGACUGAUCUUGCUGAAGCCUUCGUCGAUGUUCACACAAUCUCUGGUCGAUGUGGGGAACCCAUUGCCAAGAGAAACUGCUUUGGAUGGUACAUUAUUGGCCAACUAGACCCAAAGAUACCGGAUGGUGCAAAAAUACAGUCAGUUGAUGUCAGUCACGCGAGCGUCAUGGAGAAUGUCAAUCAACUUCUUCAACAAGAUCAGAUAGGAAUCAAACCUACACGUUUCUGCACAUGUAGUGAAAGUGAAUUGCGAGAAAGUAAAUUUGUGAAGUCUGUCUUUCAAUUAACGACUCUGGUUGAUGGAAGGAUUCAGGUAAAGAUGCCGUGGAAUGGAAAGGGACCUCCGAAGCAAAGUAACUACGACAUCGCUGUAAAGAGAAUGCAGUCAGCCGAAAGGUCAUUCGAAAAGAAGGGUUGCAUUGAUGUUGUCGACGAAGAAGUAAAAAAGUUAGUGGAUCAAGCGUUUGUCAUCAAGGUUCCUCCCGAACAUGUCAACCACACCCAAGCAGAAUGGUAUUUGCCACUGCAAGCCGUCUUCACCCCAGAGAAGACAACCAAAGUGCGGCUUGUCUUUGACUCAUCAUGCAAAGGACACGAUGGGCUCCCGCUGAACGACCGCCUGGAAAAGGGUCCCAACUAUAUCAAUCAACUGCCGAACGUUCUAACAGCAUGGCGGUGGGAUGAAGUGGCUUACUCGGGGGAUGUCCGGAAAAUGUUCAAUCAGAUUAUGGUUCAUCCAGAAGAUCAAAUCUAUCACAGGUUCCUAUGGAGAAGCAAGCUGAACGACACCCCAACAGUGUAUCAAUGGCUACGAUUAAGCUUUGGCGACAAACCAGCCCCUGGCAUUGCCGCAAACUCCAUCAACACCCUGGCAAAAGCGUCAUUGUCCGAGUUCCCAGACGCAUCUAAAGAACUUCGGAAGCAUGCAUACGUAGAUGAUAUUGCCGGAUCUAAGCCGACUGCGGAAAAAGCCAAAAGAGUCAUUGAUGAAAUCGACAUUGUUCUUGGUAAAGGACAAUUUCAGAUCAAGACAUGGCACUCUAACCAUGAAGUAGUCGAUCGAUCUAAUCAUGAGCAGUUCACAGACCUACUUGGUCACAAGUGGGACAAACGGGCAGAUAGAUUUAGCUUCAAGAAACAGGAAAUAAUCGGACAGUUAAACAAAGUCUCGAAAAGAAAUUGCCUGGCCUUCCUCGCUCAACUUUGGGAUCCACUCGGUCUUGUCUCUCCCAUUAUGAUAAAGUUUAGGAUCGACCUGCAAGAGCUUUGGAGUGCGGGCUUCUCCUGGGACGAAAUCCUUCCGCCAAGCGUUCAGACGAAGUGGAUCGAGAAUGUAGAGUCAAUGAAUCAACUCCUCACGUUUGAGUUCGAUCGGAAACUGAAACCAAGUAACGCAGUGGGCAAUCCAGAAGUGCACGGAUUUUCGGACGGGGGAGAGCAGGCGUUUGGUGGAGUUAUUUUCCUGCGCUGGGAGCUUGAUGAUGGAAGUUAUCGUUGUGUCGCUGUCAUGGUGAAGCCAUUCGUUGCACUUCUAAAGAAGAAAAGCAUUCCAAGACUGGAACUUUUGGGUUGUUUGGCUCUCUCCAGAAUGUACGACACAUGUCGGAAAGCCCUAGAGUUCGUGAAUAUGAAGGACUUUAAAAGAAUCUUUUGGAUCGACUCAACAACUGUAUUAUCAUGGGUCAGGACUCCACCACGUCAAUUCAAGCCUUUCGUAUCGAGCCGAGUUGCUGAAAUUCAGGAAACGAUUGGCACAGAGGACUUCCGCUAUGUCAGAUCGAAGAGCAAUCCAGCUGAUGGUCUCACACGGGGAAUCGAACCAGCCGAAUUAGCAAAUUGGUUGGCAGGUCCAUCAUUCCUGAAGUUUCCCGAAGCCCAGUGGCCAGAGUUCCACGAAGAUCUCAGAUUAUCCAAUUCAGUAUGCCAGGAAACAAUGAAAGAGAAGAAAUCAUCAUUUUCAUCCAAUUGUAACAAGGAAUUUAAUGAAGUCAACGUCUGUUUAGCUACUGAAGAGAAGAAAGAAAAUCCCAUUCUUUGUCACUUGAUGGCGGCUUGUUCUUCAUUUUCAAAGGUUCGGAGAACACUGGCUUACAUAUUGCGAUUCACACAAAAUGCAAGAAAGAUCAAUAUGAAAAAAGGGACUAUUACCGCUCAGGAGCUACAAAUAUCAGAAAAAUACCUUUUUAAGUUGUGUCUUAUAGCCACCAGAGAAGAACUUGAUGUAGACUAG